AUGAAAUUGAUACUUGUCGAUCCAAGCAGGCAUGGAAAAGGUAAAGAUAAAACUAAAGUCAAACAUAAUAAAAUUCGAUCGCAAGAAAAUGGAAUAAGCAAGAAAUUACACCAUCUCCCGAUGAGAUCUCACCAGACUCGAGAGCCACCUCUUAUAUUUUAUAAAUUUAAUCCCAAUAAUCAUUCAAACGGAUUUGGACAAGAUACUUACCUAACUGGCACUUUAAUUACAAGAUCAGCAAGAACAGUACCGGGGGCUGUUGACGGUACAAACCAAGCAGAUAAUCUUUCAUAUUCGCCAUUAAAAUCCAAAUUCGACAGCCGGUGCUUGGUUAUCAAGACAGAUCCUCUCUAUAAUAAUUCAAAUAGAGACUUAGUAUCCAGUGUUAAGAGACUAGGUACCUCGUGCAACAAUAAAAUAUCAAAAUUAACAUUCAUAAAUAACACUUUAACACAUGAUCUAAACGAGAACCGAACAUUCGGGUUUUCCGAUAAAUAUAUACCUCUAUCUGACGUGAAGAAGGCGAACGACCUAGAAAAGAUGGUGCCUAUUGAUACUAAUAGUUUGGUAAAUAUUGUUCUUCAAAGUAUAGAGCGGUUAUCUGCGAAAACGAAGGCCGAAGAUAACGAGAGCAAUACUGGCAUCGUAUCUGCCAAUCCUGAUCUACUCAAAACUGGUAUAGAUAAUACUCUCCCAUUUAUGACACGAACUUUCAGUUCCGAUGUGAAAUUAAAACCAAGAAAAGUAUUACAAGAACAAAUUGGAACAAGAGGUUAUUCGAAGUUCAAACUCCGGAUUAAAGACAAUGCUGAUAACCAUAAUGAUACAUUGAGCCAUUGA